CAUUUGCCAAGUCUUACCUCUUAACCUGUCAAAUAUAUCUCAAAUAUCGUAAUAGAACCCCUUCAGACCCUCUAUCAAUGACUAGUUCACUUUGUUGUCAUCGCACCUCAACCGGACAGAUGAAGUCAUUGGUUCUCGGUCCUCGCUCCACAAUGACCUCAUGAUGCUGUCAGUGUCGUCUUCCACUACGACCAAGAAUAUCUACCAACGUCGGUUCCAUCGAGCUCAGAGAGAGAGCUAUAUAGAGCCAGAAACUCCCUUUGCUGCUGGCAUCGUCAACUACUAUCGAUUCCGAUUCAAGUCAUAGACCACAAGCUACACUACACUACACUACACUACCGAUCCUCUCAUCAACUAUCUAUAUCAUCUAUCCACAUCUACAUUCAAAGACACACGAAACAAUCACCAUGCCUCGCGGAGCAGAAUACGACAACGGCGUCCCCCAGUCCGACAACGCCAUCGAGGCCGGCGAGACAAAGAUCCACGGUAUCAACUCUGCUAACGAUCACCUCGACCGCGUCAACCGCACAGCUGACCUCCCCGAUGUCCCUGCCGGCGGCAUGCACAGCGGCGGCGGUGCCCCUGGCCACUCGAGCGGCAAGGGCGGUCAUGAGCCUCGUUCCCUAGGCGAGAACAAGGGUCUUGGUGCGAAUAAGGCGUGAGUUUUGUCGAUAAUACGAAUGUGUGUUUAGAUUUGGGUGAACCGGCAUGCGGGUUUUGCUGGAGUUUGGUCUGGGUCUGGGUCUGGGUCUGCGCGGUGCGUUUGGACCUUGGUCUGGUGUGGUCUGUAUGGUAUGCAUUCAUUGAAGCGAGGGCUUCGUUAUGAUUCUACUGUAAAGUAUACAAUUCGUUGAUGAAAUGAAAUGAUAUGAAAUCAUGC